CUUCCUGAACCCACCUUCUCUAGGUGAGGUUAUGUUCAUGUUAACGUGUUGAUGUGUAUAAUUUGACGGCACAAUCACGAGAUUUUAGCAUUCGUCCCACUAGCCAUGCAUUUGUCGCUGUAGGGUUUUAAGAGGCUAAACCGAUCCCCGGCUAAAAGGACUAGUACAGCAGGCAAUCUGCCAUAGUUUGGUCUGAACUCACCGGCGAUCCGCCCAUAGAGAGCCGCGUUGAACACAUACGUCAUACUCGUGUCUGAAAGCGGCCUGUUUGACCUAUUAUGGAUGUAGAUUUCUUGUGUCAGUAACAGUGUAUGUCAUAAUUAUUUCAGGCACAGACCCAAACUGAUAACUAUGCAGAACUGAAAGGCCUUAAAUUAAAUCUAAGUCCUCACCCAAACUACAGAUAUUAGGUAGCAUGUAUUAUACAGUAUAUAUGUUUAGGCUAUAGUUUAUAAGGUGCAGUAGGCUAGUGUGUGUAUAUACUGUAUAUAGUUUAUAAGGAGCAGUAUUGCGUAUACCUCGAGGAGAAGUUUCUCCGCUAGGAGGGAACGCGAACCACAGAGAGCCUGCAGUACCCUAGGGUUCAGAAGCUCCACCCCCAGGGGUGCACCUGACUGGGGAGAUGUCUGUGUACCGGGCCCCCCUGGGUGCUGGGUGCCAGGAUGACUCUGAGGAGGAGGAGGAGUCCUGCCCCAGGAGCGACCUGGACGAGAGGCUCUGGAGGGGGCAGCAGAUCCGAGGCGUCAGGGACGUCCUCCAGAGGGCCGCGCAGCGAGAGCAGCAGCUCAGACUCCUGCUGGACUGGUUCUCUGAAACUGAGGAGUCCCUGCUGAUGUUGGAGGGGACGAGGCAGCAGGGUGAAGCAGCUGAAAUCACCCCAGAGUGGAUACAGGAAGUGGAGAACAAGCUGGCUUCCUCCAUGACGGACAUGGACGUUUGCAUCCAGCACUUACGCAAGCUCUGUGGGAGCCUGUUCGAUCUGAACUCUUCUAAGACCAGGAAGGAGGAGGGUGCUCUGCUUAAGGGUGGCGUCUGGCACUGGUGGAGAGAGAAGAAACUGGACGGUCGCACCAUGAAGCGCAUCCAGGAGCUGAGGCCCCCGUCCCCCUCCAGUCUCCUGGCCGACCCCUCCCUGGCCGCCAAGUGCGUCGGCGACUUGUCCUUCAUGCUGGCCGACAUUGGCAAGACCCCGGGCAGCAACAGAGCCAUGAACAUGGCCUUCAAGUACGCCCAGGUAGGUAUGCAGGAACUGAACGAGGCUUUCCAGGAGCGCACCAGGGAGGCCCAGUCCCACCAAGCCCAGGCAGAGGCUCUGGCAGCCAGGGACUGCCGCCAGGAAAUGUCCAGGAUAAAGGCCCAGCUGCAGGAGAAAACAGCAAAGAUCAACAAGCUGGAGGGGCAGCUGCUCGCUGCCAGGGAGCACAAGGACUCUCCCGCAACGGUGAUUCCAGAGUUAGAACCAGCGGUGGUCCUGGGACCUGAGGAGCCAGCCGAGGCUGACACCUCGGAGGAGGAAGAGGAGGUUGAAGACUUCCCCCUCAUCCCGAAGGACAUCUUGAAGAGGUUAGAGAAGAUGAGCUCUGAGCUCCUGAGGGCUUUUCAGACUUCCGUGUUCACGAUCUUGGAGAAGCUCUCGCCGUCUCUCUCGGGAGGCGAGGAUGAAGAUGGAGACCAGCUGGAUGGGAAGGCACGGAAGGUAAAGGCCUGGACGACUGUCGACGUCCGGAACCUGUACAGCUUCCUGGGGAAGAUCCUGAGGGAUACCUUCAACAGCCUGGUGGAGAAACUAAGGAUCCCCGGCAGGUCCCCAGGCCUGAUGGAGAAACUAAGGAUCCCCAGCAGGUCUCCAGACCAGCCCCUCGCGGACGACCCGCCCGGUCCAGAAGCUUCACACCCCUUGGACGGGUUCCCUGAAGCCUCUGAAGACAUGCUUGGAGAUGCCAACGAGGAUGCCAGCAAGGAUGCCAGCAAGGAUGCCAGCAAGGAUGCCAGCAAGGAUGCCAGCAAGGACGCCGGCAAACCGCCAACAAGCCUCGCAAAGACGCACGCGAAGACCCACGAGAAGACGCAAGCGAAGACACAAGCGAAGGCACAAGCGAAGACGCACAAGACACUGACAGAUACGAAACCCUGUGCCCCGCCCUCACCCCAGGCCCCGCCCUCAGCCCAGGCCCCGCCCUCACCCCUGGCCCCGGCCUCACCUCAGUCCCCGCCCUCACCCCAGAUCCCGCCCUCACCCCCGGACGAGGGCACGGAGGGAACGGAGGAGAGGGGGAAGAGAAGAACCUGGAGGUCCCGAUCAACCCUCGCCAACGCACCCCAGAAAGAGGCUCCCUCCAUGGGGACCAGGUCAGGCACUGAGGCGGGGGUGGGCGCGGGGGCAGCCGCGGGCCGUGCGGGGCACCCCGGUGGGGGGAGGCAUGAGCGGAGGGCGCCGCAGAGCUGCAGCGACGGCAUGAAGCUGGUCGUGGACGUGAAGGCCCAGAGGACCAACCUGGAGCUGCUUCAGCGGGCGGUCGUCCUGGGCAACAUCUUGCUGCCUGUCCAUGACCUGGUGGAGGAUGUCAUAGUGCAGAGCCUCACCGCGGUGGAGAGGAGGCUGGGCUGUCUCCUGCACAGGUUCAUCAGGCACCGGGACCUGCAGUCUGUCAGAAACACCCUGAAUGCGAGACUGCUGGAGGCAAGGGCCCUGAAUGACGGAGGUGCGAUCAGAGAGCUGUAUGUUUACUUGCGUGGGCUGGAGGUGUGCGAGGCGAGCGUGGCCAGGCUGGGCUCUGCCAGGCAGGCCUUGGUAGACCUGGACCGCAGAAACUGGUUGGCUCACCUGCUCCAGGUGCUCAGCCAGGUGAGGGAAGAGCAUGGGCUUCACCUGGCCGCGCCCGGCCCCUGUGAGAGCUCGCCACUGCCCCACCCCAUCCUGACUCUGGUCCCCAGGAAGCUGCGCUGGUCGCUUCGGCCCGGACACACCUGCAGCCAGGCCCCGCCCCCCGGACACACCUGCAGCCAGGCCCCGCCCCCCGGACACACCUGCAGCCCGGCCCCGCCCCCCGGACACACCUGCAGCCAGGCCCCGCCCCCCGGACACACCUGCAGCCCGGCCCCGCCCCCAGACUGCCCCUUUCCCCUACUUGAAAGGCCACGCCCACAGACUGUCGGAUUCUCUGAGGCCAGAUACAGUUUCAGGAACAUGAGUAUGAGUCGGACCCCGACCCUGUGGCAGGUGAACCCGCUGGACAGCAAGCGCCCCCCUAGGUCCAGCUACACCUGCAGCCUUCCUCGCAUGCUGGAGAUGGACGUCAACCGGAGCAGGAUCAACGCACUGCACACCCUGCAGGACAGGAUGAAUGAACUUCUGAGCCAGGUUGUUCUGAGUAGAAGCAACAUUGAAGGAGGACAGCAGGUGAUGGAGUCUGUUCCCCUAAAUAAAGCAGAUGUUUGACUCUAAG